CGGUGUCUCUUGCUGAAUGUACAGGCCAUAUCAUGCUCUGGAGAAUCGUAAGUUUGGAUCAGUGCCUGGUGGUUAAAGUAUCCAUUGCAUGGAUAUCGGUGGGGGUCAAAACCGAUUUCUUGCAAUCAUAGUAUUACGAAAUUGUUCAGCUUCAAAUUGAUUUAUGAUAGUUCACUUUCAGCUGAACAUUAAAAUCUAUUUAUCUCAUACCUUCGUAAAAAGAAAGAAGUCUCGAUCUGAUUAUCAUCAAGACUUUUGGUCCGAAGGUAAAAUAAUAUACCAAGCAAAGACAAAAAUAUGUGGGCCCCUGCUUUGGUUGUUUAUUCGUUUUGCCGCACAAGUAUUUUCUCGAAAAUGUAGUUGGAACUUGGAAGAGACAAGAAUGGACUAGAUGGUUUACUUUAUUCGGUGUUAGUGAUGACAAGUCUAUUCAUAUAAUCCAUUCAAUCCUGUCAGUCAAAUUUACAGAUGAAGACAGAUGAAUCAUUAGUACUAUGUUUUAUCCAAAACAUAGUUCUUCAAAAUUGAAGUCUUGAAGUUUGUCAUCUUGGUUGAUCGAGAUGAGCAAGUCAGUGGCCGAUAAACCUCAUGCAGUGUGCAUCCCAUAUCCAGAGCAAGGGCACACGUUGCCCCUUCUGCAAUUAGCCAAGCUUCUCCAUUCAACUGGUUUCCACAUAACCUUUGUCAUCCCCGAGUUCUAUCACAACCACAUAAGACAGUUCCAGGCACCUGAUGCCGUGAAGGGCUUAUCCGGUUUCCAGUUCCAGACCAUACCAGACGGGUUGCCUCCAUCUGAGCACAAAGCCUCCCCAGAUGUUCCGACGCUCUGUGAUUCGACUAGGAGGAACUUUUUGAAACCAUUCAAACAGUUGGUGGCUGAGCUAAAUUCUUCGGUGGAGGUGCCUCCAGUGACCUGCAUAAUCGCCGAUGGGGUCUUGAGCUUUGCUAUAAAGGCUGCUGAGGAGUUGGGGAUUCCAGAGGUUCAGUUUUGGACCGCUUCUGCUUGUGGCUUCAUGGGGUAUCUGCAGUUUGAUGAGCUUGUGCGAAGAGGAAUUUUGCCAUUCAAAGAUGAGACUUUCUUGAGUGAUGGUACACUUGACACACCCAUCAACUGGAUCCCAGGAAUGAAAAACAUCCGCCUUAGGGACCUCCCAAGCUUCAUAAAAACUACAAACAUAGAUGACACAAUGUUUGAUUUCAUGGGAUCGGAAGCCCAAAGUUGCUUGAGAUCUUCUGCUCUCAUCUUCAACACAUUCGAUGAGCUUGAACAUGAUGUGUUAGAAGCAAUUUCAGCAAAGUUUCCCCAAAUAUACACUGUAGGACCCUUAUCCUUACUAAGCAGACAAGUAACCGAAAGCCAUUUGAUGCCAUUAAGGUUGAGUGUGUGGAAGGAAGACCGAAAAUGCCUCAAGUGGCUCGAUUCACAGGCCCCAAAAUCUGUUGUAUAUGUAAGUUUUGGCUGCAUAACCACGAUGACAGACCAAUGUUUAAGAGAAUUUGCAUGGGGACUAGCAGAGAGCAAGCAACCAUUCUUGUGGGUAUUGAGGCCUGAUAUGGUAUUGGACGAUUCAGCUGUUUUACCUCAAGAUUUUGUAGAAGAGACGAAGGACAGGGGAUUUCUAACAAGCUGGUGUCCGCAAGAGCAAGUGCUGGCACACCCAUCAAUGGGGGUUUUUCUGACUCACUGUGGAUGGAACUCUACUUUGGAAGGCAUAUGUGGAGGUGUGCCAUUGAUAUCUUGGCCGUUCUUUGCAGAUCAACAAACAAAUUGUCGAUAUGCUUGUGUCAAUUGGGGCAUUGGAAUGGAACUGAACGACGACGUAAAGCACACAGAUGUUGUAGCAAUUGUGAAGGAAAUGAUGGAAGGAGACGAGGGAAAGGAGUUGAGGCAAAAUAGUGUGCAAUGGAGAAAGAAAGCAGAAAAAGCAACUGCUGUUGGUGGUUCUUCCUACAGUAAUUUCCUUAGGUUGGUCAAGGAACACCUUCAUGCUAGUUAGUGCUUAAGCAAAUUAGUUAUGGAGAGAAAAUUAUGGGAAGCUCAACUAAUAAUUGCUUUGGAUUAA